CAUUUUCCAAAUGAAAUAAUAAACGAAUACUUCAACCCGCUUCAUCCACACUAAAAACCGGAAGAGGAACUUGAAGGGGCAGUUGGGCACUUGCCAAAUAUAAAAUCUAUUUCCACAAACUGCACACUUCUCAUUUGUUUUCCUCCUGAACUGAAAGGUCUUAAUAUCAGAUGUCGUCAGUCAGCCGCCCAGCCGUGAAGCUUGGUAACGAUGUCCUGCAGGACUGGAAGCAGAUUGGACGCGGAGGCUUUGGGGCGGUGUACUGCGCCAGGCAAAAGGACUGGUGUUUUGAUGUGGCUAUCAAGAUGCUGCACACAAAUGAUAGUGACCAGCUGUGGAAGGAGGCCCAAGCCAUGACCAGGGCCUGCAGCCCAUUUGUGCUGACGGUCUUCGGAGUUUACCGGGGGAUUCCUCCGGGAAGUAGCAGACACGAGUGUGAGGGCAUCGUCAUUGAAUACAUGAAGAGGGGUACCUUGGAGUCCCUCCUGGAGAGGCUGGCGGGCCCCCCUCCUUGGCCCCUGGCCUUCCGUCUGGCCCAACAGCUGGCCCUAGGUAUGAACUUCCUGCACACGCUGAGUCCCCCCCUCCUGCACAGGGACUUGAAGCCCAGCAACGUGCUGCUGGACGACCACCUCAACGCCAAGCUUGCAGACUUUGGUCUGUCCAGGGUGUCAAACAGCCAUUUGAACAGCAGUGGAACGACCACAGAAGACCAAGCAGGCACACUGGUCUUCACACCCCCUGAGGCUUUUGAUCUGUCCUACAAGCCUGUCCGCUCCUACGACAUCUACAGCUAUGGGAUAGUUAUCUGGUCCGUUUUCACUGGCAAAAAACCCUAUUCAGGCGCUAUAACCAGUCUGGUUCAUCUACGAGUACCUCUCGGAGAUAGACCUCCCACUGAUGAAGUGGAUCAUUCUCAAGCAGACGGGUUGAGUGAUCUGGUAACGCUCAUGGAGAGAUGUUGGGACCAUGAUCCGGAUAAAAGACCGUCCUUUGGAGAUUGCCUUGAAGUGACCGCUGGGGUCUUUCCCAGGGAUGAGGGGGCGAUUCGCCGGGCGGUGGAUCAGGUUUUGUCAAAGCUGGACUCAGAAAUGGUGCCCUCUUGUGAUAUAGCUCACUGCCAUUCGACCAUGAAAGAAGAUUUACACAAAAAGGGUCCUGUUGACGGAGUCAAAUCAACGAAACCUUUAAGCAUUGAAGAUAAAGCGAAGUUUGUGGAUAAUCACAGAGCAAAACUCAUUCAAGAAGUAUCUAUGGUGAUGGCCAUAACAGAACGUCUUGGGAAAAUGGUUCACCCUGAGACAUACUCCAAAAUUCAAGCUGAGGACACAAACCAAGAUAAGCUCCGGGUGCUAUAUUCAACCCUUCACUCAGGAGGGUCGAGGGUUAAAGCAGCCUUCUACGAUGCACUUGAAACCCAUGAGCCAGAUCUGCUAGCAGAUUGGGCUAGCAGAUUGGGCUAGCAGAUCAAAGCUCCCUGAAGUGAUCACCAAGGUGUUUGCUAUCAUAUGACUCGGCACAGAAACAGCCACUUGCCGGUGAGACAUCCCAAGACCGCACCCGCUUGUUUAAAACUCAUCCUAACGAUAGCCUCGUGGGGCUUUAUAGGAAUCUACAGGUUCAAAAGACACGUCAUCGUGCUGGAGCUUGAAUCUUCACAGUACCGACCAGUGGUGGAUGGAUUUAUGAACCGCUUAAAGCGUAAAUAGAUGGCCGGUUUCAGAAGCAGAAAGCCCAUGAGAAAGUGAUGAAAGAUAUCCAAGGAUCAUUUACCAAUGUACAAGGGUUAAAUUAAGUGACCCUCCAAGACACAAGACACUUACUUUACUUGAGUUAGUAUAUUUGUAUCAACUUUCUAUUCCUAGAAUUUUUUUAAGUUAUACAUUUACAGUGGACUCUUCUUCAUACUUUUUAGCUGUGCUAACAGGGCAUUUUUUACUCUACUAAUGUUAACGUUAGCAGUAGUUGCUUAGGUAGAUGCAAUUCAGAGGAUCCAUAAUUCCCAUUUACCGUUCAUGAGUUGACUAGAAUUUCUAUUUGCUGUAAAUAUUAAUCUUAAUUGCAAGAUUUUACCCGUAAUAAUAAUUAUUUAUUUAUAUACUAUUAUUAUAACUACGCUAUUACAAACAUUUAUAUUGUGUGUGUAUUUUUCAAGUUGUUUAUGAAAAGGCAGUGUGAUCACCAUAACUAUUGCCAUUAUGAUUAAUGUUGUGUAUUCUAACAUAAAUUGUAAGAACAUAA